CACAUGACGUCAGUGGGUCUCGGUUGUGUGCGUAUGGAGCUCUCCGGAGAAAACUGGCAGCUCUGGCGACCCCUCGACGCCAUUACACAUCUAGUCUCUACUCUCAGGCUUCUCUCUGGUCAAUCUUUAAACUGAUCAUGCUUUCAUGUCAUAUAAACAAAUUUUUGCGGCAUAUAUCUUCUCGUGCAACGUUUAGUUAUCGCAAUUUUGCUUCAACGAAUGUUGAAACAGAUCCAACAGAAAGAGAUCCAGCAUUAUUUUUUUUUGAUAAAGAAGUUCAGAAGUCUCUCAAAACGCUGACAACAGUAGAUUAUAAAAAGGUCUUUAGAAUUCGCCAAGAUGGGCACAAGCUUGAGCCUCCACAGUAUAAAUUCUUAACAGAUGAGGAACUCCAGGAAGCAAGGAAAGCGGUUGAAUGUAAGACAAACAAGUAUUUGCAAAUGCCACCAGUAGUAAAACAGAGAUUAGACUUAUUUGCACCAUUGUGCAAGAAUCCUGCGUUACAGAGUCAUGAUACUGUUAAAUACAUAUUCACCGAUAUUACAUACGGCCUUAACGAUAAAGAUAGAUUCAUAGUAAUUAGAGAACCUGAUGGCACUUUGAGAUAUGCCAAUUGGCAAGAGCAUGAUAAAAUGCUACAAAUCUAUUUCCCAAAAUCAGGGCGAGAGUUAAGAAAACCAAAGAUGUUUGAAGGCGAAUAUUUGCAAAGCUUAUUAAAUCGUAACAAAUACGAGUUUAUAUUAGAUCGCGCAUGCGUGCAAUUUGAGCCAGAUGAUCCAGAUUAUCAAGCGAUUACACGGGAAGUUUAUGAGUAUAUAAACAGAGAAAAACAUUUCGACACCUUGAGAUCUACACGCCAUUUCGGGCCGAUGGUGUUUUAUCUAGUAUGGACAAGCAAUAUCGACAAUUUGUUGUGUGAGAUGAUUGAGACUAGUAGGAUUAAGGAUGCUGCGCUACUGAUACGUUUAUAUCAUAAGAUUCAUCCUACAUCUAAAUCAGCGGUCGACCAGUGCCGAGAUACGGAUAACAUAAAAUUUAUUAUGCAUUAUGCGAAUUUGAAAUCGCCAAAGAAAGGCACAAUAGAUAAGCUCAUGCAAUCGUACAAAGAAUUGCAACAGAAGCAACAAAUUGUGGCAGAAGACAUUAAAAAAGCACAUGGCAUUUCAUUGAAAAUGGAUAAUGUGUAAAUAUAAACAAAUAAAUCCUAAUAUUCUAUUA